AUGCCUGCUCGUGGCGCAUCUGCGACUGCCUCGUUCUCAUCCACGCCAACAAAGGAGGAUCCCUAUUUGUAUCAAGUGGGCUUCGGAAACCGGUUCGCAUCGGAAGCAAUCCCUGGUACAUUGCCAAGAGCUUGCAAUACCCCCCAAAGAUGCAAAUACGAUCUCGUAUCAGAACAGCUCAAUGGCACGCCCUUUGUAUCCUUGCGAGCAUCUCUGCUCCAUGCGUGGUUCUAUCGGAUCCGACCGUCUGUGGUUCACAAAAAACUGAAAUCACUACCGAGAAACCCGGAUAUCGAAGCCAACUUCUCACCCAGCAAUGAGAAGGUCACUUUUACCCCGCAGGAUAUGGCAUGGGAUGCAUUUAGUUUUCCCGAAUCAUCAAACUCCAUCGACUUCAUUCAAGGAUGGAAAACUAUUAGUGGCCACGGCGAUCCUGCAUCAAAGGAAGGUCUAGCCGUGCAUAUCUAUACCGCCAAUUCGUCAAUGACCAACAAAGCAUUUUGCAAUAACGACGGUGAUCUAUUAAUCGUCCCCCAAGAGGGACGGUUGGAUAUCCAAACAGAGUUCGGACGCAUGAUGGUACGCUCUGGUGAGCUAGUUGUGAUCCAAGCCGGUAUGCGAUUCACAGUUACCCUACCGGACGGCACUGCCCGAGGAUACAUCCAGGAGAUCUUUGGUAGCCACUAUGAGCUUCCGGAGUUGGGACCGGUCGGAUCUAAUGGCAUGGCCCUGCCUCGUGAUUUCGAGACCCCUACAGCCAGUUUCGACAUCAAUCAGUCUAAAUGGGAAAUUGUUGUGAAGUUGAUGGGAAACAUGUUUGUCUACGAACAAGACCAUACCCCUUUCGAUGUGAUCGCGUGGCAUGGAAAUUACGCUCCAUAUAAAUACGCCAUGGAAAACUUUAUCAACAUCGGUACCGUCGACCGGGACCAGAGCGAUCCUUCCAUCUACUGUGUGCUCACAGCUAAAUCGAAGCGAUCAGGAGUGCCCUUGUCCGAACUUUUAGUUUUCACUCCGAAAUGGAGUGUCACGCGCAAUACCUUCCGACCGCCAUAUUAUCAUCGAAAUGUCGCGACAGAGAUCAUGGGCAUGACUUAUGGAACAUGGCCGGGCUCUGCUACCUCCUUAAGCCCCGGGGGCCCUCACUUACGAACCAAGCUAUAUGCCACAUGGUGA